GGAGCAGCACCAGAAGCAGCAGCAGCAACAGGAGCCCGGCUCUAGAAUGAAGUUCAAGCCCAACCAGACGCGGACGUACGACCGCGAGGGCUUCAAGAAGCCGGCGGCCUGCCUGUGCUUCCGCAGCGAGCAGGAGGACGAGGUGCUGUUGGUGAGUAGCAGUAGGUACCCAGACCAGUGGAUUGUCCCAGGAGGAGGGAUGGAGCAAGAGGAGGAGCCCGGCGGUGCUGCUGUGAGGGAAGUAUAUGAAGAGGCUGGAGUCAAAGGAAAAUUAGGCAGACUCCUGGGAAUAUUCGAGCAGAAUCAAGACCGGAAGCAUAGAACAUAUGUUUAUGUUCUGACAGUCACUGAAAUAUUGGAAGACUGGGAAGAUUCUGUGAAUAUAGGAAGGAAGAGAGAGUGGUUCAAAGUAGAAGAUGCAAUCAAGGUUCUGCAGUGUCAUAAGCCUGUCCAUGCAGAGUAUCUGGAAAAACUAAAGCUGGGGUGCUCGCCAACCAAUGGGAACUCCACCAUCUCUUCCCUCCCAGACAGCAACGCCUUGUUUGUGACUGCUGCUGCACAGCCCCCAGGGGUGCCAUCCAGUGUAAGAUAGAGCUGGGGACCCUCCCCCCACCGUGUCCUGUCGUGAUGUCACAGGGAGAGGCUUUUUUACUUUUCUUCUAACACAUAUGACUGCUGCUGGCAAACUCUGAAUCUGCCAGGCGGGGAUUUCAAAUAAUUUGCAUGUGUUUCAGAUGCUUUCAAGUCUUUUAAAGUAAACAACAAAGUAGCAUAAAAAUAUUUUAAGAUGCCAAAGCCAUGUGGGAUUUUUUUAGAGCCUUAAUUAUAACCUUCCACCCCAUUACUUUGGUUUUCAUUUUUUAUGACCCACCCCCCACCCCCACUUUGUCCACUUGACAUCAUUCUGUGGUUUAUUUUGCCUGGUCUUAUUAAAUAAGUUGUUGGGUAUGUAUUUUCACACACACACCAUUUUUUUCUUAGAGUAUCAAAUAGUCACCUGAUCUUUGUGUUGGGAAUUAAUGAAGAGAUCCUCAGUAUUUAAAGAUAUAUUCACCCCAAAGCUUGUUUAAGAGGGUCCUAAUCUCCAUUUGUAAACUACAGAUUUGGGCUGUCGCCUUUGACAAAGUACUUCAGUUCACUAUUUCCAAUAAUUUGAAUGUUCACAGCCAGUAGUGUCACCGUCAACCUACUAGGACCGUUUCCUCUAACACUGUAGUGAUUCAGUAUAAAAUACAAAGAGCUCGUCAUCCUAGGGAAAUACUGUCAGCAGCUUGCAUGUGACUGAGCACAUCUCAUCCUGAGAACUGUAUUUAUAGACGUUUAUUAGCAUACCAAGUUGUCAGUUCCCUCUGUAACCCUUUGAACAUAGGAUAUAUUAAGGCCACAUUUCCCUCGAUGGAGAUUGCGCUUUUUUUUUUUUUUAGUGACAUCUCUUUAGAGAUUGUUAAAACAAUCAAUUUACCGCAGGAUUCGAAUCUAACCUUGAGUUCCAGUCAGUGAUGACUGUUACGGCUAAAUAAAAUGGCCAUUUCUGUUCUUCGCUGUUCCAGGCCUAAGGCAGGGUGCAUCUGAAUCUCUCCUGUUGUCUGAGUGUCAGUGAGUGGUCUGUUGUGUAAGUUAACUGUAGGGGACCCAGAACAUAGGAGCCAUCCUGUGAAAGAGAACCUGGUCUGGAACUCGUACACUUCCUCCAGGUCGGAAGUGACAGGGGAGGGGAAAGCUUCGACAGAUGUGGGAUGAGGAAAAGAUCAUUCUUUAUGUAGCCACCGUUAACCUUUUGUAAAUACUCUCACUGGCAAGCGUAAAACAGGGAACCCAUUAAGACCUUUGUUCUGUAACUUGUUAACCUCCAAAAUGUAAUCGCUGCUGAAAUGGUCCUUACGUCUAAGGAAAACUGGUUCUGAGAAUGAGAUCUUGUGCCACAAACGCAGCGGAACUAAAUAAAAUUGUUAGUUUACAAAUUAA